UAAGCACUUUGGGUGCCUGGUAAAACAGCAUCCAGCUCUUUAUUUGUUCUUCUUAGCUAUAAAUACAAACAGAAUCCCAGCUCUCCUUUCAAGUAAAAUUACUCACAGUUUUCACAUAGUACUUGAACUUCUUCUGUCUGCUUUCGACUAAUUAAUAUAUUCUGUCUCGAUCGGAACCAAUCAAGAGAGAAAAUCAUGAGCGUUGAAGUGUUAGACGGCUCCACAGUCAUGAGUUUUCUGGAGGAUGAAGAAGCGUUCGACAGCUGUGUCUGCAAGCGAUUCGCUUGGCUUGAUGCGAAUCAUGAUGGGCUUCUCUCCUACGAGGAGAUGCUGAGGGAGUUGCAGAGCUUGAGGUUGGUGGAAACCCAUUUCGGAGUUGAUAUAAAGACGGAUCCCGAGGAGCUGGCUUGCAUCUACGACUCUCUGUUCCUGCAGUUUGAUCGCGACUCCAGCGGAACUGUAGAUCUGCAGGAAUUCAAGGCUGAGACCAAGAGGAUGCUGCUCGCCAUGGCCAAUGGACUGGGAUUCUUGCCGGUUCAAAUGCUUCUUGAAGAGGACAGCUUCCUGAAGAAAGCAGUGGAGUUCGAGUCCACUAAAGUGGCAGCUGCUUGAGUUUAUUUUUGCUAACGCCAUCUCUCAUGUGCUUCGUCUAUUCAAAUAAUGAUUUGUGUUUUCUUUCUUAAAAGUAGCUGUUAGCUGCUAGCUGCCUGAGUUUUGUUCUCUUUAAUUAAUUUCAAAUGAUCUGGUAUAAGUAUUGAUAUGAAAGUUUUGUUGUGAAAGUUUCAUCGAAUUAAAGGAAAAGUUGAAGAAGCUUUAGAAUCCUACUGCUUAGCCAUGAAGUGGAUUAAAAAAAAAUAAAAAUAGCUUUAUAUAUUUGCGGUUUCUUAAA